GGUGCCUUUGGCGGUGUUGCCAUCCACUCUGGCUCCAACAUUCAGUACGCUUCUGUCAACGCUAAUGGCGGCAAGUUCUGGCUCUUGAAGGACUCCAAGACCUACUGUCCUGAUGUCGUCGGCUCUGCAUGCCCCAACACCACCUCUACCCAAUUCGUUGGUGGUGACAACACGCUCAGCCUCGACACCAUCGUCCCUGGUGGCCAGCAGGUCUACGUUGCCGUUGACGGUACCUUGCGCUUCACUGCCCCUCACUCUGCCUCCACUGGCGCUGCUGGCUCCAUGGUUGAGGGCUUCAGUGUUGCCCAGAACGGUGAGCACAUCCAGUUCCAGGGUGACGACUGGCUUGCCUGCCCUGGUGAUGGUGACUACGCUAUCUACGCUGCUGCCAUUGCUAAGGAUGCUUCUGCUUGCACUGGAUUUGCUUUCAGAAUCGCCGACUCCAACACUCCUGCUGCUUGGGAGUAC